GAAAAUUGGAAGUACAGUUUUAUCUAGCCACAUCUCUGAGGAGUCAGGAAGAAAGCAGUGGAAGCUGGAGUCAUUGUUACGUGAUUGAGACUUUUUACAAGAAAAUCUGAUUGAAUAAAAGUCUUUUAAAUUAGUGACCAUACAAGACCAGUUUUUAAAGGUAACACUGGACAGGAAACGCUAAAGUUGAACAAUGACUCAGCUGUGCACUUACAUCAGGUUAUUGGGAGUCUAUCUGUUCGUCGUUUCUCAUGUUCAAGGGCAGAAUCUAGACAGUAUGCUCCAUGGUACUGGGAUGAAAUCAGACUCCGAUCAGAAAAAGUCAGAAAAUGGAGUAACCUUAGCACCAGAGGAUACCUUGCCUUUUUUAAAGUGCUAUUGCUCAGGACACUGCCCAGAUGAUGCUAUUAAUAACACAUGCAUAACUAAUGGGCAUUGCUUUGCCAUCAUAGAAGAAGAUGACCAGGGAGAAACCACAUUAGCUUCAGGGUGUAUGAAAUAUGAAGGAUCUGAUUUUCAGUGCAAGGAUUCACCAAAAGCCCAGCUACGCCGGACAAUAGAAUGUUGUCGGACCAACUUAUGUAACCAGUAUUUACAACCUACACUGCCCCCUGUUGUUAUAGGUCCGUUUUUUGAUGGCAGCAUUCGAUGGCUGGCUUUGCUCAUUGCUAUGGCUGUCUGCAUAAUUGCUAUGAUCAUUUUCUCCAGCUGCUUUUGUUACAAACAUUAUUGCAAGAGCAUCUCAAGCAGACGCCGUUACAAUCGUGAUCUGGAACAAGAUGAAGCAUUUAUUCCAGUUGGAGAAUCAUUAAAAGACCUUAUUGACCAGUCACAAAGUUCGGGUAGUGGAUCUGGACUGCCCUUAUUGGUUCAGCGAACUAUUGCCAAACAGAUUCAGAUGGUGCGGCAAGUCGGUAAAGGCCGAUACGGAGAAGUGUGGAUGGGUAAAUGGCGUGGUGAGAAAGUGGCAGUCAAAGUGUUUUUUACCACUGAAGAAGCUAGCUGGUUUCGAGAAACAGAAAUCUAUCAAACUGUGCUAAUGCGCCAUGAAAACAUACUUGGCUUUAUAGCAGCAGACAUUAAAGGCACAGGUUCCUGGACUCAGCUCUAUUUGAUUACUGACUACCAUGAAAACGGAUCUCUCUAUGACUUCCUGAAGUGUGCGACGCUGGACACCAGAGCCCUGCUCAAGCUGGCUUAUUCGGCUGCCUGUGGUCUGUGCCAUCUCCACACAGAAAUCUACGGCACUCAAGGGAAGCCUGCAAUUGCUCAUCGAGACCUAAAGAGCAAAAACAUCCUCAUCAAGAAAAAUGGGAGUUGCUGUAUUGCUGACCUGGGCCUUGCUGUUAAGUUCAACAGCGACACAAAUGAAGUUGAUGUGCCCCUGAAUACUAGGGUGGGUACCAAACGCUACAUGGCUCCAGAAGUGCUAGAUGAAAGCCUGAAUAAAAGCCAUUUCCAGCCCUACAUAAUGGCUGACAUCUACAGCUUUGGCUUGAUCGUUUGGGAAAUGGCUCGCCGUUGUGUCACAGGAGGAAUAGUCGAAGAGUACCAGUUGCCGUAUUAUAACAUGGUACCCAGUGACCCAUCAUACGAGGAUAUGCGUGAGGUUGUGUGCGUUAAACGUUUGCGGCCAAUUGUGUCUAAUCGAUGGAACAGUGAUGAAUGUCUACGAGCAGUUUUGAAGCUAAUGUCAGAAUGCUGGGCUCACAAUCCAGCCUCCAGACUUACAGCUCUGAGAAUCAAGAAGACACUUGCCAAGAUGGUUGAAUCCCAAGAUGUAAAGAUUUGACAGAUAAAAGGUCAUGAGGAGAAAUUCUAGACUGCUUCACCCAAGGAAUGGGUGGAAUUAGAAUAGAAUGAGGAUAGUAACUUGGUUCUCAGACUCUUUCCUCACUACACCUUCACAGGCUGCUAAUCUUUCAGUACUCUGUAGAAUACAAGCUGGGAACUUCUAAACACUUCAUUCUUUAUAUAUGGACAACUUUAUUUUAAAUGUGGUUUUUGAUGCCUUUUUUUUUAUUGGAUUUUUAUGAACUGCAUCAAGACUUCAAUCCCGAUUAAUGAGUCUCCAGUCAAACUCUGGGUACUGAAUUACCUGUUCAUAAAAUGGUGCUUUCUGUGAAAGCCUUGAGAAGAUAAAUGAAUUCAGCAGAGAUGGAGAAAUACACACGUUUGCCUUCUACCUGAAAAAAAUUUAAUCUAUUUGUAUUCUACCUUUGUAAACAGCCUAUGGAUUAUGCUCUGUUUGGGAUACAGUACUGCUUAGCUUACGACAGUUUGCCAUGCCUUGGUGGUGUGUGUGUGUCUGUGUACAUACGUGCAUACCAGAGUUCCUCUGCUGCCAUUUGAAUUAGAAGAAGAUAAUUUGUGAAUGCACAGGAAGAUAUUGGUGGCUGUUGGUUUUGUGCUUUAAAAAUGCGUUAU